GAAGGCUGCCGCCUACCUUUUGGCUGGCCGGUUCGCGAGUUCCAAUUUCACGUCGAGACGACGUGUCUCAAAGUGAUACUUCGGCAUCGAUAUGGCACAGCCGAACGAAAACCCCGCCAUACAGUACAUUGGAGCCGAUGGGUCGUCUUACUAUUUCGAUCCUCAGGAAGCACAAGCCGGUAAUGAGUAUCACUCACAAUGGAGACAUCCUGGACCAGUACCCGCGCCGAAUACACCAAGUCCUUCAGGAUCUCAUUCUACCGUAUUGACCGCUCCUGUGUUCUUCAAUGGUCACCAGGCAAUAUCACCCAGUGUCCACCCACAGGAUGGCAGGAUGAGUAACAAUCUUCAAGGCCUUUCUCACCUGGCUGUGCCGAGUCACUCCGGACGCCCUCGCUCUACUAUCGGUAGUCCCAGUGAUACGGACCAUGCAACGUCUCCCAUAUAUUCGUACCCGUCUGGAUUUGCUGCCAAUACAACAGGUGGUGUAUCUCAUGCCGCAAAUUUACAGACAAGUGUCGGCCACGGAAUGACUAGUGUAAAUGGAGUGACAGAGCAUGCUUCGAGUAUGGGAUCGUUGUCUUUACGCAUGUACAGCAAUGAUCAGCAUAGUGAGCCUUGGAAUCCAAUGCGGGCAGCAUACAACGAUACUGCCGUGGAUCGUGCUUCGUUCCCUGGAUCCCACAUGAAGUUUGGCCCUUAUCGCCAACAGCAAAUUUCGGACAUGGAGAGUGUUGUAGGACCUAGGUCCGACUCUGGUUACUUCACACAUCCAGCACCGCAGUCCGUGAUCAGUAAUGAGCUAGAACGUGCCGACCAGGACCUUCCAACUGGCAUAUUCGAAAUGUCAAACCUCAAUGUCAACUCUGCACCUAGCGAGUCGACAACCGAGUAUAUUCCACCUCCUUCAGAUCAGGCAUCGGUAUACAGUGGCCGUAGCCAAAACCAGGGCAAGAGCAUCUACUUAUGCUCUAAGUGCAAAGAAGUAUCUAAAUGUCCCUCUGACUACAAGAAACAUAUGCUCAAACAUGACAAGCCACACACAUGUGAUGUCCAGGGUUGUCGCCGAGCAGCUCAAGGAAAAGGUUUCACUACGAUCAAUGACCUCCAGCGACACAAGAAGAGUGUUCAUCGUAUCGGGGUCGAACGAGACUCUUAUCAAUGCGCUUCUGAGCAUUGUCGUAAUCGAGGCAAAAUUUGGCCACGGCUAGACAAUUUUAAACAACAUAUCAGUCGCAUGCACAGAGACGAAGAUGAGGCAGACCUUAUUCGCAAAUCCUCGUAUAGAGGCCCAAUGCCUCCAUCGACGAUGAGCCAGGCCGAUAUGCUCGCCGGGAUUGGCAUUGAAGCGCAGGCUGCUGGUAAUGAGCUAGAUGAUCCCGCGUCCUUAAUAAGCUUAACCCCAGACCAGGACGAGAACCCUUGGGCCGCCAGCUUUGAUUCUGGUUCCCACAAGUACGCUUUGGACAAUGAUCGAACGACUCGUCACGAGGGCGGCCACUUUCUGAAAGCCCCAGACUUUUACACCGGAGCCAAAAGCGGAACAAGGUCCAUUUCCCCACUGUCAUCAACAUCUACAGACCCCAAUAUGAGGAAGCCUCGGCUUCAAAAUUCCCUGAAAAUGCUUGCCGAUGAUGCAUCAACCCAAUCACCCACCGCUACUGCAUCACUCCACCACCUAUCUAGUGCACCUCAAACCAAGGCUGAACAGCAGAGACAACUUACCCAUGCAGAGCAACAAUGUUACGCUCUUCAAAAGUUUGGCAAAGCCUUGAUAGCUGAAUGCCAAGCUGACCCUUCCGUCGAUGGUACCGACCUGGGGAACGUGGUUUUGCGGAUACUCUCGGGUACAUCCCAAAGAUUCCAGAGCGAUAAAUACGAGCCUGACGAUCCACGCUUGGAUGCCAUCAUGACGAAAACGGAAGCGCUCAAAGCUUCGCAGGCAAUUUCCAAUCUUAUCAAGCACAGUCGAAAUUCCCCAUCCAUAUCUCGACCGCGUCGAUCUUCGAGGGGUUCAUCUUCAGACAGACUUCAAUGCACUCGCUGUGAAGUGACUCUGGCCCGAGCUUGCGAUAUGAAGAAACACAUGAAACGUCAUACUAAGCCUUAUGGCUGCACAUACCCCAAGUGCCACAAACGUUUCGGGGCAAAAUCAGACUGGAAACGUCACGAGAAUAGCCAGCAUUUUCAGCUGGAAUCCUUCCGCUGUCAACGAACAGAUCAGAUCCAUGGUGGCCCUUGCGGAGAGCUAUUCCAGCGCGUUGAGCUGUUCAAACAACACAUUGUAAACGAACACAGGGUAGCCAAGGACUCUGACAUGUCCGGCGAAACAAAAGCCUGUCUUAUUGGCAAGAACUACCAAAGACAAUUCUGGUGCGGCUUUUGCCAGAAGAUUGUGAAACUGAAGGAACGACGCAAUGCUGCAUGGGACGAGAGAUUUAAUCACAUAGAUGCACAUUUCAGCAUCGAGAAACGUGGGAUCGAACUAUGGAUGUGUGUGGAGACACGGAAAACGAAGGGAGAGUUACUGAGAGAGAUGGACCGCACGAAGUUUGAUGACGAUGACGGCGACGAGGAUGGUGAUGGCGAACCAGAUGACAGUCCCCCCCCGACUGCUGACGGUGCAGGCAAUGGAUUGUACCCUACCUACGACGCAUUCCCGAGACCGCCCUCGAUACCGCCACCGGUAACCAUUACCGAAGACAUGACAAGGAAAAGGCAGUACCCAGCCGACGACGACUUUGCGCCAGCGCCAACCUCCAAGCGCCGGCGGACGGAUGUAAAUCGCUACUGCUGUUCAUGCGGAAACGGGCCGUGGCAAGGGAACAUGUAUGUGAUGUGUAUGGACUGCAACCAUCAUCUUUGCAGCAGCUGUCCGGCUGAUGGCGUGGUGGGAGGACUUGACGGCGGAAUCAUGCUGGUUUGAUUUGAAAUGGGCCAUUUCGACCGUGGCAUUUGGUGCGCAGCAUUUAGUUGGAUACCCGAGUAGUUUAUUUACUUUGAAAGCUCGAUGGGCGCUUGAGGACCAGAGUGUUCGGCGUCGCUUGCAUGAAGGAUAGCGGUUUUGGUUAACGAGGCUGCCCAGGCCGCCUCAACUUGUGCUAUGUGUCGAGUGCGCCGCGCAGUGAAGAAGCUAUGCACCCAGCCUGAAGAUACUACGGUGACUUUCGCACGACGUGGUUCGCUGCAGGCUGGUGCGCCCGUGCCCCACGUUGUGUGGAGUGAAGGGUGCGGGCACGUGCGUUCGGCUUGGCACUCGGUAAACUGAUACAGGUGUCCUCGAAA